AUGAGUAAAUCAACAAAGCUGUCUUCGACAAGGGCAAAUGGGUCAUCUGCCCCCAAUGGAAAAACAACCACUGCUAAAGCUGGUGGAACCGGCGCCGCUGCAACAGCUUCUGGUGCAAAUGGAACCACCAAAACCAACUCCAUUCCUGCUCCGCAAUUGGACCAUGUCGGAUUAAGUUCUCCAGAAUCAUCAGCUUCGUCGCCCAAAUCAGCUGGAGAAGUUCCUUCAUUGGAGCAUAGAAUUUCCAUCAAGAGAUCCAACCAAGAGUCUAACUUGGCUGAUUCUGCUUCUGGUAAAUCAGCCGAUACCACCCAAGCUUCAAGUACUCAGGCAUCAACUGCUCAGACCUCAACUGCUCAAGCUUCCACUGAUAGAUUUGAAUACAAGUACACUGAUUUGUCCGAAAUCCCAGCUGGAGUUAAAAAGGUCACAGAUGGGUUCUUUACCGGUAAGACCCACUCACUUCAAUUCCGUUUAAACCAAUUGAGAAACCUUUAUUUUGCAAUCAAGGAUCACCAACAAGAAAUCUGCGAUGCUUUGGAAUUGGACUUUGCCAGAAACUCAUCCGAGACCAAAAACUAUGAAAUCUCCACUGGUUUGAAUGAAUUGUUGCACACCAUGACCCAAUUGCACAAAUGGGCCAAACCGGAACCUGUUUCAGAUUUGCCAGUCAGUUUGUUGACAAACCCAGUUUACAUUGAGAGAAUUCCACUCGGUGUGGUUUUGGUCAUUUCAGCAUUCAACUAUCCUUUGUUUGUCUCCAUUUCACCCAUUGUGGGAGCCCUCGCUGCUGGAAACGCUGUUGUUUUCAAACCUUCAGAAUUAACACCCAGAUUCUCCAAGUUGUUUGUUGAAUUAUUGACAAAGGCUUUGGACCCUGAAAUCUUUUUCGCGGUCAAUGGUGCAAUUCCAGAGACUACCAGACUUUUGGAACAGAAAUUCGACAAGAUUAUUUACACUGGUAAUGGUAUGGUUGGUAGAAUCAUUGCUAAAAAGGCUGCUGAGAAUUUGACUCCCGUUGUUCUUGAAUUGGGAGGUAAAUCGCCAGCUAUCAUUUUGAACGAUGUCAAGGAUAAGGACUUGGCCACUGUUGCGCGUAGAAUCACGUGGGGUCGUUUUGCCAAUGCUGGACAAACUUGUAUUGGUGUUGAUUAUGUCUUGAUUCCGGAAUCCAAACGUGCCAAGUUUGUUGCUGAAAUUAAAAAGGUUAUUGAGAAUGAACUUUACCCAGGAGUCAACAAGAAUGACAAGAACUUUACUCACAUGAUCCAUGAUCGUGCUUUCAACAGAAUGGUAAAGAUUAUAAAGGAGACGAAGGGAACCGUUGUUACUGGAGGAGACUAUGACCCAGAAUCAAGAUACGUUGCUCCAACUGUGAUUGACAAUGCCUCAUGGACAGACUCAUCAAUGGAGGGAGAGAUUUUUGGUCCUAUCUUGCCAAUCAUUUCCUACACUAAUCUCAACGAUGCUUGUAGAGACAUUGUGAGAAACCACGACACCCCAUUGGCUUCUUACAUCUUUACUGGAGGAUACACAUCAGCCGAAAAGAAUCCACAAAUUGCUGCUGUUAAGAAAUCGGUGCGUUCAGGUGGCUUGAUUGUAAAUGAUGUCUUGAUGCACAUCACUUUACACAGCGCCCCAUUUGGAGGUGUUGGUGAAUCCGGAUACGGCUCUUACCAUGGUAAAUUCUCCUACAGAACAUUCACCCAUGAAAGAACGGUAAUUGAACAACCAUUGAAUAAUGAUUGGAUGUUGGAGGCAAGAUACCCUCCAUUUUCACCUGCCAAGGAUAGGUUGUUGACUGCAGGUAUGGCUUCUUAUGGAGGUAGGGUCUGGUUUGGCGAAACUGGCAAUGUUAGAGUGAAUGGCCCAUCGACUUUCUUCAAAACUUGGACCACAGCUGUUGGAUUGGUGGAGUUAGUUGGUGAGCUUGUUAAAUCUAAGAUCUAA